AUGGGAAUAAGAGAGAUUUCAGUUGGAGGAUAUUCUGCUCUUGCUUUAUCAGGGCUAAUCGCAGGUGGCGCUUUUGCAUGGAAAUACCUGGAAGACUACCGAGAAGGUUUAGUUUCAGAGGAUCUUGCGAAGCCAGAAUCUGAAAGUUACUUCAACCUUCAUGUUCUUCUUAUGUACUGGCUAUAUCUUCUGCCAAAUGCACUCGGAGCGAUCAGUUUCAGAGCGUUUACUUUUAUUGAACGCGAUACAGCAAAAUUACUCCAUGCUUUGUUCAACACUAUCGGUUUUGCUGCCUCGAUUGCUGGUUUUGUCAUUAUCUACAAGCAUCAAGGGGCAGCAUAUGGGGAAUAUGGCCAUUUCUAUAGUCCGCAUACAUACAUCGGAAUGAUAACUCUUGCCCUUUACUGGUUUCAAUGGGUUGCUGCGGUCUUUCUUUACUUCAUUUCUUGGGAAAAGUACCUGUCCUCGGAAGACCUGAUGCGAAUGGGGAAGAUCAAAGGGGCUUUUAUCCAGUCUCAUCGGGCUAUUGGUUAUAUUUGCUUUGUCCUCAUUGCAGUUUCAUGCUUUUUCGGAUUUAUGACCAACUACUACUAUGGAUUCACAAAAGGCGAUCCUAACCAUGAUAUGAAUUCGAUCAUGCCUUACAUGAAUCAAUCAAUGGUUCCGAUGUUUGCUGGAAUGAUGCUCCUUCUAGCCGUUAUUCUCAACACUAAAUAUGUCCGACCGAAGCCCAAAGAAGUUUACAAGCCACAAGAAACUGCUACCUUGAAAUCCGUUUCUCCGACAAAAGAUAACGCUUCUGCUCCGCCUACUUCUGAGUUCUGA